GUGGAUCAUCAUCCAACAUAUGACAGCUUCAUCAACGCCGUUGUCAAGGGCUGCUACAUCUGUGUGCUGUUGUGGGAGCGCAUUCCGCAAGACGCCAAGAUGGCAUUGCCUACAUUGUGCAACUUCCCCCAAUACGAACCGACAGUUGACGCAGGCCCGAAUACCAAUUCAAGUGCGGCCUGGGCCUGUAUCGCUAGGUGGCUUGAGAGCUGCUCCAAGCACCAUGCUUCAUGUCGGCAUCCAGAUCAGUCCCCAUACGCAUCACGAUAUCCUACGAGACUCCUGGAUGUUGGUGCCAACGAUAGCGGCAACAAUAAUAUUAAGCUCCAAUUUUUGCUCGAACUGCCUGCUGUUCCAAAAACCUUCGGAGAUGCCAUUGUUGUGGCUCGGAAACUCCACAUUCGGUACUUGUGGAUCGACAGUUUGUGCAUAAUCCAAGAUGACCCAGAAGACUGGCAAACUGAGUCUCUGCUGAUGGAUCAAGUCUAUAAGAAUGCUCUUUUGAAUAUCGCCGCUACUGCAGCGUCUGAUAGUCGUGGGGGGUUAUUUCAUUCCAGACCUCACUUAGUUCCUUGUUGUCAGAUAAAACUUGGAGAAGAAUGGUUUCGCUUUUUUGACACAUCUCUGUUCAUUGCUGAGGUAGAAAACUCUCCGCUCCUGCAGAGAGCCUGGGUGCUCCAAGAACGUCUCCUCGCGCCGAGGGUCUUGCACUUUGGCCGCAAGCAGUUGUUCUGGGAGUGUAACGAGUUAUGCGCCUCCGAGACAUUCCCAGAUGGACAACCACCUGGAGGAAUCCAAAAUGGCACACAGCAGAUCCGUGCUAGAAUCAGUGCAAUGGUGCCUAAGUCGGAAUCGAUAACGAAAGGACACGAACGAGAAGUACUUGAAAUUUGGCGCUCUAUAUUAUUUCUGUACACAAGGUCGAACCUAACCUUCGGAACUGACAAACUACGCGCCUUGGCAGGAAUUGUAAAACAUAUCCAGCCUCUCUUUGGAAACACCUACCGUGUAGGUAUUUGGAAGGAUAGCAUCAUACUCCUCCUUGGGUGGUAUUGCUUCAGUGGGAGCUUGCGUCGAUUGCUACCAAGACCGGUAGAAUAUCGUGCUCCAACUUGGUCCUGGUCGUCAACAGACAACCCCAUCACCUUUUGGCUCCCGUUUCCUCGUUCUGAGACUGUCUUUGACUUGAAAGUAUUAGCGUUCGAGACCACUACAAUAGGAGACGACACUGCCAUGCGUAACGGUAGUGGUUACCUGCUUGUAGAAGGACCGCUCAACUUAGUCACAAUUGACAAGAACUGGAUGCAUUUUAUCGUUGACGGGAGACCGAUCACCUUAAGUAGAAGUGGCCGUGACGGGCCUUGGCUAGACGAGGACACGGAACUAGCGAUGGAUCUUUACUGUCUACCUCUCCACCAUACCGUUGUGCCCAAAAACAGGGUUGCUGGUGAAUACGACGAUAUGAACUCAGGUUCAGUAGAGGACGGAAACACCUACCUUAUUAGCUUUCUGCUACUUAAGCCAAAAGGUGAUUAUCUUGGUUUUUAUACCCGUUGUGGAGUUUGGCGUUCAGAAGGUACGGAGGGGCUGUUGCGUGUUCAAACUGGACGUGAAGCUCCGUGCCAGGAAUUCAUUGGGCUAGAGAGGGGUCAUAGAAUUAGGAUUU